AUGUCUGAGGAUAAGUGGCAGGGAAAAAGGGAGACACAUCUUAACUAUCUUUUAUUACAGGAAUCUUACCCUUCUUCUUCACCAAUAUGGUUUGUGGAAUCAGAUGACCCAAACCUGACUUCAGUGUUGGAGCGUUUAGAAGAUAUCAAGAAAAGCAAUACUUUGCUGCUUCAACAGCUGAAGCGAUUGAUAUGUGACCUGUGCAGAUUAUACAACCUUCCUCAGCAUCCAGAUGUUGAGAUGUUAGAUCAGCCAUUACCAACAGGACAGAAUGGAACAACAGAAGAAGUAACAUCAGAGGAGGAGGAAGAGGAAGAUAUGGGUGAAGACAUUGAAGACCUAGAUCACUAUGAUAUGAAGGAGGAAGAGCCAGUUGAUGGAAAGAAAUCUGAGGAUGAAGGCAUUGAAAAAGAGAACCUGGCAAUUUUAGAAAAAAUCAGAAAGAAUCAAAGGCAAGACCACCUAAAUGGUGCAGUCUCUGGGUCAGUUCAGGCUUCAGAUCGACUUAUGAAAGAGCUCAGGGAUAUAUACAGAUCACAGAGUUAUAAAACAGGGAUUUAUUCAGUGGAACUUGUAAAUGACAGCCUGUAUGAGUGGCACGUUAAACUUUUAAAGGUUGAUCCAGACAGCCCAUUACAUAGUGAUCUUCAGGUCUUAAAAGAAAAAGAAGGUGUAGAAUACAUUUUGCUCAAUUUCUCUUUUAAGGAUAACUUUCCUUUUGAUCCUCCCUUUGUGCGAGUGGUGUCUCCUGUGCUUACAGGAGGGUAUGUCCUGGGUGGAGGUGCAUUAUGCAUGGAACUUCUUACUAAACAGGGCUGGAGUAGUGCCUAUUCAGUAGAAUCGGUCAUCAUGCAGAUCAAUGCCACUUUAGUCAAAGGAAAAGCCAGAGUACAGUUUGGAGCCAAUAAGAACCAGUAUAACCUAGCAAGAGCACAACAGUCCUAUAAGUCUCUAGUACAAAUACAUGAGAAAAAUGGGUGGUACACUCCUCCAAAAGAAGAUGGUUAAUACUGAGGACUGUUUUACACCUGGACCAACAUCAACAAACAGAGCUCUUUUUUAUUUCUCUCCAACACACACAGACUCAAGCUAUGAGUGCCCCUACAACAGCCGUACUGAAGACUUUAGCUAUUAGAUAAAUUAGUGGAUAAUCUGUCAACUGACACAUUCAGUAUAAGUUACAGCCUUACCAUUCCGCUCUUCUUAGGUAUCUUGGACUGAGCAGUUUUGGCCUUUACUGUACUUGUCCCUCUGGAUUAAGUAUACUUGGGUCAUUCCCUCCUUCUUCCCUUUUUUUUUUUUUUAAUUUAAAAGUGUAAACUCGUUAAAGCAGGCUAUCAAGUUACUAAAGAUCACUCAAUAGGAGUUGCUCACAACACUUUUCUGUGUACUUCUUACCUUUUUGCAGAAUGUGGACUGCAGAGAUUUGCAUUGUAUUAUUUCAUUUAAAGCCAACAAAGUUUAAUACAUUGUUUAAUACUGUUCUAGGAAAUUUCGGGUCUUGUAAAUCACAGUAGUUUUUCUGGUCUAAAAUGACAACAUUUGUAGUAUUGCCAAAUUAAUGAUAUAGGAAAACCACAUGUAUGUUAAGUCAUUAAACUUUUUUUCAUGGCUGUGUUGAGGAUAUGAACUGUUUCUUGGAAGAGAUACUCUUAAUUAGAUUAUGUUGUAUUUUAUAAGCAGAGCAAGGCUGUGCCAAUAAAAUCUUGUAACUAGUCACUUCCACUGGGGCAUCAGAAUUUUGCUGGGCUGUUCCUGCUACUUGUUGGCUCAAUCUCUUAACAACAGCCACAGUAUGAAGCUUGAAGUUUAUUUAAGAUACUAAAAACCUUUUUAGGUGUUCCAUUUUUGUUAUUAACGGGUUGUUGCAAUCAUUUGUAAACUAAUGAACUUAAGUGAUUGGCACAAAUCAAGAUGAAAAUCCUUGAGCAAAAAAUUUAUAGAAAAAGCUAAAUAAAGUACAGAAAGACAUCACCCGAUUCAGAGAUUUUAAAAGUGUUGCCAUAAUCAUGACAGUGGUUUUGAUAUUGAAAGACUAACGGGAACUAUUCUUUCUUAGGAAAUGAAUCUGGGUCUGUGUAAUUACUGUGUUUCAUUGCCUUAUCUAAAUCAAUUCUAUUUUGGUUGUAGCAUUAGGGAUUAGACCUUUACCCCCAGGGGUUGAAAUAAGGGUGUGUACCAUGGAUUAAGCACUUUUUAGAAGCCCAGAAGCAUGUGUGGUUUGUUUUUUUAGUUAUGACUAUCAAAUUUGUGCUCUUCUUCUUUUCUCUAUCAGGCACCCCUGGGUCCUUGUGCAUUUGCUUCUAGAUCCAGUUUUUAGCUUGAAAGAACAGACUGAAGAGAUUUGGCACUACUCCUAAUUUUAUAUAUUAUUUCAAAUAGUUUUAUAGGAAGUAUAGUGAAUGACUUCCCAGCCUUUCUGCUUCCUUGGUUGUAUGUAUAUUUGUAUUAAAUCCUGGUAGCCAAUUGCUCAAAUAGCAACCUUAAGUGAAAGGCAGAACUCCUUAAGCAUUAAAGUUCCUUAAAACCUGAGGCUAAAAUCUUUGAAUACAUUAUUGAAUUCUUUAAUAUUCUAAUGGGCUAGCAGGUUGACAGAUGCACAUUUGGCAUGCUUUGUUUUUGGAUUUCAUUUUUCAUUGCAGAAUUAUUUGGCAAUGUACAGUAAUUUGUAAACUUGCAUCAAGUUUAUGAAUAAAGAACCAUUUUAAGAAUUA